AUGAAAGCUGGGCCUUUCAAACUCUUCUCACGGGAGAUCCGCCUCCUUGAGAUCCUCUCUCGGUCACCGACGGACAAGGUUGUUUGCAAGCUUCAUCACGUGUCUCUAGACACAAAACCCGAAUUUGUCUGCCUCUCCUAUGUCUGGGGCGACGAGUCAAUCACCGAAGAGAUAAUUGUCGAUGGCAUUCCUAUUCAAGUCACAGUCAACCUAGCGACCGCUCUGAAGCACGUCGAGAAGCACUGGCUUGCCAUGCAACAAGAUGGGAGCAGAAACUCGGACCCUUCCAACUUUCGUCUAUGGGCUGAUGCCGUGUGCAUCAACCAAGCUGAUCUAUCGGAACGAUCAGCCCAGGUUCAGCUGAUGAGGGAAUUGUACACCUCGGCGGAUGCUGUUUUUGCUUGGUUGUCUUCACAAGAAAAAGACACUGCAGGGCCCAUUGACAUUUUCCAAGACGCCUUCCAGGUCAUCAAAUCCAAGCACGAAUCUGAUUACGGUCCGCUCCCAAUCCUCGACGGUCCUGGCUGGGAAAAGAACAUGGUGGCUUUCACAUCACUUUUCAACCGUAACGUCCUUUUGUCUUGGAUCAGUCAGCAUUUGGACGCAUUUCGGGAGGGCGAUGGCAUUGAAUUUCCACCUGAAAACCCCUGGAGCGCUGUCUAUGACCUCACACGUCUUCCAUUCUGGUCUCGGGUAUGGAUCCAGCAAGAGAUGAUCCUCGCAAGACGACUUCAUUUCAUGGGUCCUUCAAACGCCAUAUCCUCGGGCAAACUUCAGGUCGCAAUCUUCUUCUUGUACCAGAUGCUAGACGCCGUGUACCAACUGGAUGAGGAUAUGCGGCCGUUGGUCAAAUUCCGGAUGCGCGGCCUUGUAAUGGGCCUGGGGGCGAUUUUCCAAGCUUUCCACAUGCGACUGCAAGCACACAGUACAUCGCAUCAUCAGAGCGUUGUAUUUCAGGCUUCCUUCAACGGUAAUCUCAAAGCAACUCGGCCAGUCGACUAUGUUUAUGGUUUGUUGGGCUUGAACGGUCUUGACAUCGUCCCUGACUACACCAAGUCUGUAGGACAAGUCUAUAUCGAGUUUACACAGAAAUAUCUCGAGGUAGUGCAAAAUUUAGAGAGGGAACAAGAUCCGGGUGGCAAGCGUUCCUUAAAGUCCCUAUCGUAUCUUGGGGUUCGCGCUGCCGGCAUCCGACCCGAGCAGAACGUGCCCACCUGGGUACCGGCAUUUGGCGCAGACCUGAGCGGCAAAGUGAGGCAGCGUCCGCCUGGGGACGUGAACCGAGUCUAUGGCGAGGCUAUCGAAUUUUGGAACUGUCCUGACGCUUGCGUUGUUGGUGAUAGUCUUUGGGUGUCGGUCGUCAAGGCACAGACAGUGAAAUCGGUCUAUGACAAGCCUAUCUCGGCAGAGCUAUUCGCAAAUGACAUGGAGAUGGGAAGUCCCUACUAA